GAAGGUGAGCGCCGACGAACGAAACGCCGCCGCGUCUCGCCCCGCCCGCGACGAACGAACCCCGACCCCGCGCCCGCGUCCCUCGCACCAACCCAUCGAGAAGAGAUUUGGCGCGAUCGCCGGCUUAAGUCGACUCAUCACCGACCCAAAAUGCUAAUCCCCGUCCCCCUCAUCCCCCUUAUACAGACGCACCAUCCCAGCGCGAUCGAGUCCUUCGAUCGCUUCAGGGCUGUCGCGCAGGGCAAGCUCCUCACCGUCUUUCUCGACUACGACGGCACCAUAUCCGACAUCGUCUCCAACCCCGACAAGGCGUACAUGACGGACGAGAUGCGCGACGCGGUGAGCCGCGUGGCGUCGCUGUAUCCCACCGCGAUCAUCAGCGGCAGGUCCCGCGAGAAGGUGUACGACUUUGUCCGCCUGCCGCAGCUCUACUACGCCGGGUCGCACGGGCUGGACAUCGUCGGUCCCAAGCACGACGACGACGAAGAUCACGUCGAGCUCCACCAGCCCGCGCCGUGGGCGCCCGCGGUGAUGGAUCGCGUGUACCGGUGGUGCAAGGAGGCGGUGAGCGACAUCCCGGGCGCCAACGUGGAGCACAACAAGUUCUGCGUGUCCGUGCACUACCGCAACUGCGAGCAGAAGUGGUGGGGCGCGGUGCAAGACGUCGUGCACCGCGCCGUCGCCGCCGAUCCCAAGCGACUUAAAAAAGCCGAGGGUCGCAAGGUUUUCGAAGUGAAACCCAGGGUGGCGUGGGACAAGGGAAAGGCGCUCAGUUUUCUUCUCGGAGAGCUGGACCUGCACAGGAGGUACGGAUACGCGCAAGGGGAGAUCAUGUCGCUGUACUUUGGGGACGACCACACCGACGAGGAUGCGUUUCACGAGUUGCGCGAGGUGCCGAAGGAGUGCGGCGCCGGAGUCAUCGUGUCCACCGUGCCGAAGCCCUCCAACGCGCGUUUCAGCGUCAGAGAUCCGGGCGAGGUGCUGGUGUUUUUGAACAAGCUCGCGGACCUGGCGGAGAGCGGCGUGACCAAGAGCCUGUGCACCAGCGUGGCGAGCGGUAAGGGGAGGUUGACGGGUGGGAGAGGGGAGGGCGGCGGCGGUUCCGACUCGAGCGGCCACUCGAGCGACCCCGUCGCCGAGACCAACCGGGGUCGACGGGGCGAGGCGGCGUGAACGAGCGAUGACGGGCGCUCAACUCGCGCGACGUUUCGACUCGCGAUGGAUUUGUAACGACACGGGUUUGACAUCUCAUC